AUGGACGUCACGUUCGUCACCUCGAACGCGCGCAAGCUCGCGGAGGCGCGCGCGAUCCUCGGCGCGACGCCCGCGUUGACGCUGACGUCGCGCGCGCUCGACCUGCCCGAGCUCCAGGGCGAACCCGAGGACGUGGCGCGCGCCAAGGCGCGGCGCGCCGCGAGCGUCGUCAACGGUCCGGCGCUCGUCGAGGACACGUCGCUGUGCUACGACGCCCUCGGCGGGCUCCCGGGGGUGUACGUGAAGUGGUUCCUGGAGAAGACGGGACCGGAGGGACUCGUCGACGCGCUCGCGGCGUACGACGACAAGAGCGCCGAGGCGCUGUGCGUGCUCGCGUACGCGACGGGACCGACGGACGAAGCGCCGCGAACGUUCGUGGGGCGAACGCGAGGGCGAAUCGUGCGCCCGAGAGGGUCGAGAGAUUUCGGAUGGGACUGCGUGUUCGAGCCGGAGGGACGCGCGGAGACGUACGCGGAGAUGGACGCGGCGACGAAGAAUUCCAUCUCGCACAGGUAUCGCGCGUUCGAGCUGUUUCGAGCGCACGUCGCGAACACGGCGUGA